AUGAAAGGUAAUAAAACAAAGAAAUGGUCAAUUGGACUACAAUUUGUUCAAUUUCAAAAAAAUAGUUCUCAUCAUCGUGUGAUUGGUAGGUCAUCGUAUAAGGCUUUAUUUGGGAAUGAUCCAAAAGUUGGAUUAGCAACAUCCAGUUUACUAAUAGAAAUUUUACAAAUAUUGGUAACGGAAGAAGACUUAGAAGAAAUCUACAAAGAAGAUAUUCAAAAAUGUCAUAUGGAAACGGACUCCGCCGAAGCAAUUUUAUGUAAUUUAUGUGAGAAGAAUAUGAAAAUUAAGGAAGCACGUCAUUUAGGAGCUAUAGAAAUAGAAAAGCAAGCCGAAAAAAUGUUACAAGAUAAUAAGAUCAAAAUACCAACAUUUAAAGUUGGAGACUGUAUUGUAAUCCCGGUUCCGAAAGUAGAUAGAGGUCCUACAGACCCAGCUAACAUUAUUGCCGUAGUGAUCGAUCAGAAAAAUGACCUUAACCGUAUAGGAACUGAACAUGGUGUACUAAAAGGUUGGUAUGGUUCUGGAAAUAUACAAUCAGCCACAUCAAACUUCAUUGACAUCGAGCAAGUGAAUAAGACAAAAGAAAUGUCAUUAAGAGAAAUUGUCUCUUCUUUAACUGGAGGUCAAGGUUUUUUUAGUUGUUAUUGUAAAGGCAAAUGUUAA